AACAUUGUUUCGUUGCGUAUAAAACAAAACAGUUGCAGGAAAUUUCCGAAGACUCAAGAAACAGUUCAUAGCGGCCAGGUAGUCAAACAAAAAUAAUAAUUAAGUUGUUGCGAAGCUGCCCUGCUGUCUGACUGCAGCCGGUGAAGAUACUCGUAGUUCAGAAAGGAAGAGAAAAUGAAAACACAGUUUGCUUUAACGGCAACUUUUCUUCUGGUGUUCGAUAUUGUCAAAUGUACUGAGACUGAAAAUAUUAUCAAUGAAAACUCGAUGGAUACAAAAUCCAUAGUACAUAAAAAACCGACAACUUACAUUGACUUAUUGAUAGAAGAUCUACAGGAUCAAGAAUGGGAUGAAAGUGAAAAACCGUGUUACGAUCAGAUUUUAACAGUUCUGAUAAAUGUUAGAAACUCUACGCUAUGGGCCACUUGGAUUUGGGAUAGUAUUCAGUUUCCCACUGGUCAAUUCUAUGGAGCUCGUUAUCAUUUGGGUAACUUCGAUCAGUGCCUCCGUAGAGAGUGGUCAAACGAUAAUCUGAUUUUCACACAGUACUGUCUCGUAGAUAUCACACUAGCAGAUACUAAAGUUGACAAAAAAAUUACCGACUUAAAUCCAUAUGAUAGAGCUGAAAGAUAUUUUCACAUCAAAACUGAUUAUAAUUUAAAAUUUAAUAUUUUGUCCUGGGGUGUGUGUACACCAAAAGCAUGCCAAGCGCGGUCAGUUGAAAGAUUCGUCCGCACCUUACUAAGGAUUAGUCACUUGGGAACAAUCAAUCCCAAUCCUAAAAUUAUGGUUGGAAAUUGCCAAGUUACUCAAAUUCCUUCAGCGAAUAGUACAGGACUGUACCUACUCAUGCUGGGUGCAGUUCUACUGACGGUAAUCGCAUGUGCAUUUACGUAUUUUACAUCGAAGCAUCUAGCAUCUAAAUCAAACUCCAUAGUAAUGAAAAUUGUUAGCGCAUUUGACCUCAACAGCAAUGCAGCAGACUUCAUUUCCGUAGGAAAAGACGAAAUCAAAGUUAUACAUGGUAUCCGAUUUUUAACGGCUUGCAUCGUAGUGUUCCUUCACGUAAUUAUUAUGAAUAUCACGUUCAGAGCUGGAAAUUGCUUAGACAUAAAUGACGUAAGUUUUUGCUGUAUUAAGUAGUACUUUCUUCUGUGUGAACAUAUUUAAAAAUAUGUUAUUUUUUAUUCCUAACACAUAGAAAGCCUUAUAAUCUUUCUGCCUUGGUUUUUUUACAUGGGGAAAUGCCUACGCAUACCCGGUUCGCGGGGGCAAGGACAGGUUAUGUCAGACACGCACCGACUAAAUCCCAUGGUAAUCCACUUUCAUAGCAUAUUGGUAGGGCCACGGGAACGCUAUCACAUAUAUCCGCGGCCCCACUAGUCACCCCAUGCAACCCCUUCUCGAGGAAGGACUACUCCUCUCCGUUUCGCUUCUCUGGGAAGGCGUACCAAAAACACAAGGCGUGUCUUCAUCCGCGGCCUCCCCUAGGGCCAGAAAAAACGAGCACAUGAAGGCAUCCACUUACCUAAUCCCAGGCGGAUCUGGUGGAUGGCUCCGCCGCCAACCAAGUUUUGACUGCAAAGGCUAGGAAGAUAGGUGCCUUGUAAUAAGGCGCCCCGCAGCUUCACAAGUACCACAUCAACGGUGCGGCCCCACCAGAGUUGCGAGUGGCGCACCAUCAUACUAACACUCCUUUUCUCCUGCGAUUCCACCUCGGCUGCAGCGGUAGGGGGAUGAGAAACUCCUCUCACCGCAGUCCACCAACUCACAUCUGAACCAUCAGCCAUGUGGGUUUCUCAUAGUUCACGCGGUUGCUAAGCCCCCCCGCCACAACAAGGCGGGAACCCUUUCGGAGGAGAUCAGCUUUCUGCCUAGUAGUCCGUCUUGGUAGAUACAACUCUCUUACCGAACUCUGACAACUACAAUUUUAACAACUGUUGUGUUCCUAUUUGAGUAGAGGGUAAGUGGAGCAAUGCAGUUACUGGGCAUGGGUGUUUUUCAUAUUCUUAGAUGUAACAACGCUACAGGUAUCUUCUUUGUUUUGAGGUUUGAUUAUCCCUGGGCUGCAGCAAUUACUAGCUAUCAGGUGGACUGUAGCUCGGCUAAACUCCAAUAUUAUAAAAAUAGUAAUUCCUAGCACUACAUGUUUGUAUUGUUGUUCAAUACUUAUCAAUAUAGAUGCUCCUUAUUUUAGAGAACACUUUCUUUUUGAUAUUUUUGUGCCUAUUCUAAAAAUAAUUUUUAAACUCUGCAUGCUAGCUUAACUAUUGUUAGAACAUAUAUUGUAUCACAGAACUACGACUACGACAACAAUAUAGAAAUUUAUAACUUAAAUAUAUGUAAGAGUAUUUAAUUUGACCACAGGCAUUCUAACAAAGGACAUUACUAGUAAACCACACUGCAAAUUUUCAGUGAUGGCCGAAAAUGAUGAAGAAUGCAGCCCGGAAAAUAGAUAAAUAUAGAGAUAUUUUCACGAAGAGAAAAAUAAAAUCAAGCAAUUUUUCAUUCGGAACUGUUUUCUCUAAGCCGGCGAAACGGUCUCCCAGCCCCCCCCCCCUCUUAUUCUUGUAUAUAAAAUGCCGUUUGUUGAAAUAUAACAAAAAUAAAAAUCAAUAUAAAUUUACGUGACCAGGUAAGUCUCUGUGAAUAAUAAUGAAUGUUAUACAAGACCAGAAUGGCUGUAUUCUAAAUAACGAAGUUUCAAAUUUAAAGUGAUGGGAAGAACACUUUGAAAGCGUAUUUGUGAAUGACGAGAGGUUUUUAUUAAAUGAAAUAUAAAUUCCCGAAGAAGAGGAAAGAGAUAGGGAGAUCAGUAUAGAUAAAAUAAUGAAAGCAAUGAAAACCAUGAAAGCAGGCAAGACAGCUGGAUAUGACAGAGUAUUACUGGAAAUGUUAUGGACUGGAGAGGGAAUAGUGGCAGACCUGCUGUACACCAUUUCAUUCAUUCAUCAUUAAUUCAUUCAAAGUCACAAAAUAAAAGUAAAGGAAAUUACAAACAAUAAUUAUGUAUCAAAGUUAUGCGAGGGCGAUUGACCUAAUUAAAUAGAAAAUAAAGUUAAUCUCAACAUUACAUACUCACCUACAUCAUUAUUUUAGAUUUUGAACUGCUUUCACUGCAGUGGGCAGAACCAAGACUCCACGUUCCAUACGAUCGCAGUAUUACCAGCGUGGGAACGGGAGCGGAGGACACUGGUGAGCCGGAUCGGUCCGAUCCUCUUCCUGCCAGUAGUUGUGUCGGUGAUGCUGAGCGACAACUCAGCGAUACAGAAAUAGGCUGCUGAGCAGGAUCGAGGGACUGUCCUCCCCAUUUCACUCGGAGACGACGUCGUCAAGGCGGUCGUUACAGCCCUCCCCUAUAUGUUGGUUUCCCCUACCAAAAAUUGGGUCUCUGGAGUUGCGGGGUUCGAGGCGGAAACCACUAGCAUGUCACCGAUGACUUGAAAGUGGUCCAGAGACAUCAUGAUAGCACUACGAGGGUACUGGGAACAUUAAGUACUGCCCCAGGGACGUGCUUCCAAUAAAUUAAGAGAGAUCAGAACGCAAGCAGGGCCUUGCGUUUUGAAUGGAGAUCCCGAGACCCCUCAUGUACGCUGAUGCAGACCACCGUGAUAUUUUAGCCGUUAACAGUCCGGCAUACUUUUCUGUUGCCCUACAAUCCUGACGAUUUUCCCACGAUAACAAAAGGAACACUGCAGUAUAUCAAGCAAGUUAGGAAAACAAAAGAGUGACGCGCAGAUAGUGUCUAUAUUUAUAAACCAUUUCGAGCCACAUUGGAACCCCUUAUGACUCAAAAAUUAUCAUAACUAAUGAGAUCUCCUUGAAUUGAGGAAUAAAUAUAUUGUAGUUCUUCAGUUCUUGAGAUAACAGAAAAGUAUUCUUUACUUAUGAAAAUCCUAGGCCACUUCUAGGUAACUCAGUUUAUUAGGUAUAUUGAAAGGAAAAAUCUGAAAACUACUAAUUAUCGUCAGUUAGUAUUGAAUUGACAAAGUUAUCGGUGGUAUACCGCACCAAUAACUUUGUCAUCUUUACUAUUUAAAUAAAAACAGAUAAACAGUUUAAUCGACUGUAACGUUUAUAGGACAUAGAAAAAGUAGAUUAUUAAAAGGAAAGAACUUUUUUCUAGUUAAUAUCUCACUUAUUAAAUGUUCAAAACUAUAUUUCAGAGUUUCAAACAGUAUUUAGGGUUCCUAUCGCACGGAAGCGUAGUCGUAGAUACGUAUUUCAUGAUGUCUGGACUUCUUCUGAUGAAGACCAUCAAGCCAGAGACAGGGAGAACCAUAAGCCCAUUUAAUAUGUUAUUACACCGAUAUUUCAGGCUAAUAUGGAUUUUUAUUAUCACAGUCUUAAUUACAAUCACCGCCUCACCUUACCUUUACCACGGUCCAUUAUGGUUUAAAUUCGCAAAAGUGGAGCAGGAUGCGUGCAAGAAAAAUUGGUGGGUGGGAUUUCUAAUGCUGGGCAACUACAUCGACACUUCAAAUAUUUGUAAUUUGGUAACAUGGUACGUACCAGCCGAUUUUCACUUGGCUGCAGUUAGUACAAUUAUGUAUUGGCUGUACCAGAAAAAUCGUCGUGGUGGUCAGUACUUCUUUGGACUUGUAAUAAUCGUUUCAUUAAUACUACCUGGGCUCAACACGUACUUAAAUCAGCUGAGUGCUAUCACCGUCUUUGAUUUUAAGACAGUUGAAGAUAUACGUAAAUAUAUAUUGGGCUCACCGAUGUAUGUACAGAGUCACUUGCGAGCAGCUCCUUACUUCAUAGGUCUAAUAGCAGGCUACAUUCUCUCCGUGUAUAAACCAACCAGCUACAGAAACGUAUUAUCAUUGAAAUAUUCAAUCCUUAGUUUCAUCACAAUUAUAACGCUAUCAGCAACAAUACUAUUCAUGGGGUCAGCGUAUCAAUUCCGCGAAUACAAUGUCAUAGAAUCUACAUUCUUUGCCGCAUUGAUUAGACCUAUUUGGGCUGGUCUUAUGGCAGCCUUUAUAUUAUUGUGCGUAUACGGAACUUUACCUCACAUCACUGACUUCUUAAGCUGGUCGGCAUUCGUGCCUCUAAGUAAACUCUCCUACGGGAUCUACAUGUGCCAUUUUGUCUUCGCUAUGAAGAUAACGCUAGGUUUGCGUAGUCCAGCAUGGUAUGAUUCAUUGAAAAUUUUGCAAGAUUCGAUAGGCAUUGUUGUGAUAACUGGAUUGCUGAAUUUGUAUAUAGCGUUGUUCAUCGAGUCCCCGUUAAACAAUUUAGUGGCUCUUGCACUAAAAACUAAGCCACCAAAACCGAAACAAAUUAAUACUAACAUAAGUGACACGGUGACUCUUAAAAGUGAUUCAUUAAAGGAAAGUGGUAUCAACAAAGUGGCUACUGUGGAGGGAAGUGGGUUUGUAUCAAUGAAAAAUGAAUUUGUUAAAGAUAAUGCUGCUCUACAUUUCCGUGGUCUUAAAUAUAUUGGUUUUAAUGCAGAAGUGUACGAAGGAUCCAAUAAGAAUAGAGUUAAAUCACAGAAUUGUACUAUAAAGGAAGAAGUAUGUAGAAAAGAUUUGUAGAAACUAUAUUCUUUAACUAUUUUAAUACGAUAGAAAUUACUGCGAUGACUGGUUUUAAUAAUAUGUUAUUGACCUUACGUUACUUUGUAAUUUGCAUUGUUUAUUAAUUAAUAAGAACUGCGAGAAUAAAUGAAUUGAAAUAU